GCCUUUGCCGAAACCCCUUUGGCAACCACGUGCAUGCUGCGAAUCUCUGACCCAGGCGCAUCUUUCCUAACAUAUAUAAGUGCACAGAAAAUCCUGCGACAUGGCUACUGAGGUUCGCGACAAAGAUCUGGCGCGCAACCCGUCACCCGCUGCCACUGCGCAGCAAGGCGACCGCCGCCCCAACACACCGGAAGCCGCAGAGGUCAAGCCCACCAACCGGGAAGCCAGCUACGGCUCGAGCUCGUCUGCUCCGCUGCCUUACGACGGUGGCGCGCCUCCCCUACCCGACGAGCCCGUCCCAGACGCAGAGGAUGACGGCUGGGAGGCUAGGUGGGACAACAACGCUGGCGCAUGGUACUACUUCAACCACAAGACCGGCAUCUCGCAGUGGGAGAAUCCGCGUGUCCCGACCGCUUCUGCCCAGAGCUAUGGCUACGACAGACACCCUUAUCACGGUGCCGCCGCUGCUAUGACAUCAAGCUCUGGCGCUCCGGGCACCAGGUCUCCUCCAAAGCGCAAGUGGGGUGGCUACAACCCAAAGAUCCAUGGUAGCUUUGACCCCAAUGCGGACUAUGCAAAGGAGGCAGAGAAGGAGGAAGAGGACGCCCAACAGGCCGUCUCUGCUGCAGCUUUCGCCGCUCGUAACGCGCACGGUUCUAGUCAUGACUACACAACAACUGCUCAGUUCAACCGCUUCAACGGCAAGCAGCAACAAACUGGUCAAGGCCCUGAGAUGCACAACGACGAGAAUAAGAGCCGUCGCCAAAUGAAUGCUUUCUUCGACGUUGAUGCUGCAGCCAACAGCCAUGACGGACGUAGUCUCAAGGCGGAGCGUCGCGCACGGCCUCUCAGCAAAAAGCAGCUUAAGGAGUUUAACGAGAAGCGCAAGGCUGCGAAAGAAGCGAAGCGCAGAGCCUGGUUACGCGACUGAUUGUGUGGGCGGUAAGAAGAAGAAAAGACA